AUGCGCACACUCAGAUUUUACAACAGCCGUCCUUCCUACAUAGCUCAUCUGGCGAUGUGCUUCACUGCCUCUCCAUCUCUGUGCACGUAUCCACCUCCCCCAUUCCACCCCACACCCCGCAUGCCACCUGUCCCCUGCAUGCCACCUCCCCCCCACAUGCCACCUGCCCCCCACAUGCCACCUGCCCCCCACAUGCCACCUGCCCCCCUCAUGUGUUGGCACAAGCACCCCAGGAGCACCUGUGAUUGCCUGUGA